CAGGCAAAACAAGCCUCAUGCAUAAGGAGGGUGCCAGAAGCACAGAGACAGAGAGGGAGAGUGUGUGUGCGUGGGCGUGUGCAUGUAUGUGUGAAAACACUGCGCAUGUGUGACUGUGAGGCGCACUGACUGAAGCAGACAGAGGAGAAGAAAGAGGAGUAAUGAACGGCAGCUGAGUCGAGAGGAGAGGUAACAGCAGAGGAGAGGGAACGAAGAAGAAGGGAGCUUUACCUGAAGACCAGAGGAAAGAGACGGGCAGAAAGGAAGAGAAGGGGACGUGCACACAGAGGAGCACAGCACAGAUACUCAGGUCACUACCCAUAAUAAGCUGAAUAAUUUGAGAGGCUUAGGAAGAGAGAGAGACACAGAGGGAUGGAGAAAGAAAUACCAGAGGGAGACGCUCAGCCACAGCUCGUCAGAGAAGGAGCAAGGGUGGGAGAGUGAAGGACAAAGGUACCAGAGGGGAGAGCAGGAGAGGAACGAGGGAUGCGGAGCUCAACGAAAGCAGCCCGACACAUGACGCAUCCACCUUGCAACAGCUUCCUCCAUCUUACAUCUCCUCCAUCUUUUUCCUCCCCUCACUGCUGCUUGUCGUUCAUGCUGCCAGAGUCAUAUGGACAGGAGAGAGCAUCCUCCCUCUGGUGAGACAUCGCUUGAACAAAGAGACUGAGCGGCUUGGUUUAUCUUCGCAGAGCGGCAUCAACAACAUCAACAUCGGCAAAAACUGGAAGAGGAGACAGGAGGACUGGAGAAAGGACUGGAAUAAGACAAGUGCGUAAGCAGACAGGUGGACGGACCAAAGGAAUCAAGUUAUGAGUCUGACUCACUGAAAAAGGGAGACAAGCACAGAGGCAUCCUUCAGACUGUUAUCACUUCUGCUGCUGGGUGGACUGUCUGAAAGUCCAAUAAAAAAAAAAAAAAAACCUUCACUCCCACCUUUGAGGAAUUUAGGAGCCUUGGAGCCUUGGAGGAGUCAUUCCAACAACAGCUUUCUUGAGCAUAAUAAGACACCUCCUCCCCCUCCUCCCUCCUGCUUAUCAACAAGCCACUGAGAGGGUCACACAGGGUCACCUGACCAAAUUGGGCCAAGACCAGAGAGAAAGAGGUUAUUCUUUCUUUCUUUCUCACGCAUUCAAGUCGAAGUGUAACACACCCGCAGCCAAAAACAGGAAGUGAAGCGGGCGUUAAAGCGAGACACACAUGUGAAGGCUAGUUUGAGAAGGCAAGAGUUUCCCCUGGCAGGCCACAGGAUAUAGUUUAAGACAAUACCUCUUGGACCUUUCUGAACUGCCUGUACUCAACCCCCCUCCGCCCCUGCGUCCCCGCCACACUCUGUGAAUGCAGAAAACCACCAACCUGUACUGUAUGUAUAUAUGUGAGCAUCUGUGUGCAUAUGAGAUUAUUUAUUAAUGUUCACUGAGUGAGAACAUAUCUUUGUGCUAAAGUACUAACUGUGCUUGUGUGUCAAUAUACGUUUCUGUACAUAGCCAUCAGAGACAGCACAGGAACAUCAGCGUAAGCAAUUUAAAACAACAAAAAACUACCUUAAAGUAGUCAACACUGGUCAGAUACUCUAAGCUGGACUGUUAAAUCAUCUGCACAUAUCAGCUGUGACAGAAUAAGAGCUGCAGACUGUGGUGCUCUGGCUGAGCUCCUCUAUCUGUCUUCCCCUCAUAAAGACUCAGGCUGACAGUAGUGCACACCAGGGGGGGAUCUCUGAGGGAAACAUGGAGGCAACCAUCCGUCCUCAUGUUCCCUCAACUGGCUGACUUCAGAGAAAGAGCACAGUCUUUUUCCCCUUGCACAGAACCAGGCAGGGUCGCCCAGCGCUGAUUAGAGCCACAGCCCCUCUCUCUUCCACCUCCAAAAACGUGCGAAUGUCCUGCCUCAGGCGUCAGCCCGUCACCAUCCCCAUGGACACCGUCAAGAUCAUUCAGUCGGAGAAGUUCCCCAGAGAGUGCCCCGUGCCCGUCACCCAGCCACGCUAUGCCCCACCCCCCAGAGUGGCGUGGGACGGCGGAGGCGAAGGCGAAAUAAUCGUCAACCAGGCCUGCAGUGACCUGACCCUGGACAUAGCCGGGUCUCCACGGCCGAUGGUGACCCCCCCGGCCCCCGUGACGCGCAGGGAGCAGAGCUUCCUGGCGCAGCGCAAAACCAGUGCCAACGAAAUCUGCUACCACCAGUUCCACUACAAGAUGGAGGACGUCAUAGUCAACCAGUACGUGCUGCGCUCCUCCUCAACCUCCUCGUCCACUUCGUCCUCCUCCUCUUCGGGACCCGUCAUGCCCUGCGAGCCCCUGGACUGCCCCACCUGCGGUCACACCUACAACUUCGCCGGCAAGCGUCCGCGCAUCCUCUCUUGCCUGCACUCGGUGUGUGAGGAGUGCCUGCAGAUCCUCUACGAGUCCUGUCCCAAGUACAAGUUCAUCUCCUGCCCCACGUGCCGGCGCGAGACAGUGCUGUUCACUGACUAUGGCCUGGCUGCUCUGGCCAUCAACACCAGCAUCCUGAGCCGCUUGCCCUCUGACCCCAAUGGGCCCGUGCAGUGGGGCGGGGACGCCGACCGCAGCUGCUACCAGACUGUGCGCCAAUACUGCCAGUCAGCCUGCACCUGCCAGAUCGCCAACCCCUUGUCCUCCUGUGGUAUCAUGUAGACGAGGGGGGUACACUGCAGGCAUGACUCGACGCUGCCCCCGCCCCC